AAAAUAAUACUAAUAUCUUGAAAUUGCUUAUGGAACGACGAUCAAAAACAAUGUCGAUUAGCCAAACAAGUAAUUCUAAUUAUUCAAAUACUACUAAUAUGGCAAAACAACGUAAAGAUUUAUAUUUAUCAAAUCUUGUUGAAUGGAUGUCUAAUGAUGCUAAAUUGAAUGAUAUUUUUAUGAAUGUUGAACCUGAAAUGGAAAAAGAUUCACAAAUUCUUCAAUAUUUAUUGGAUUCAGGAAAAUAUCAUCUUGAUCGUGCUGAAAAAGAAAUUAGAGCAGCAUCUAAUGAAGCAAGAACAACAAGUUAUAAAUCAAAAUAUUUAAGCCAAAAACAUCAAUCAAAAGGUCAACUUAAUCUUGAUUUAAAUGAUACGGAAGAAGCGACCAAAGAUUUUUCCAAGGCAAUCGUUUAUCAGCCACUUAAUAGUGAAUCAGAUUAUCAAACAUUGGCCAAUAUUUAUAUGACACGUGCACGUUGUUUUCUUCAAUUAGAUGAUGAAGAAGCUGCUGCUAUUGAUUUUGAAUUUGCACAAAAUGCUGCCGGUAAUCAAUAUGUUUGGUCAACGAUGAAUAAUUUGGAAAAAGAUAUUUAUGGAAAAUUUAAAAAUCGAUUAUCCAAAUUAUUCAAUGAUCAUAUGGCCGGUGAACAACAACACCAACAACAACCGCAAAGAAAUUUUCAAAUUAAUGAAAAUGAUUUUGAAAUUGUUUGGGAUUCAAUCAAAACAACUAAACCAUGUACAAUUGUUUGUCGUAAUGAUAAUGUUGGUGAAAAUAUUUCCGUACUAUUCGAAAGACCAAUCGUUAAAUUUAAUACACGAACAUUUGAUAAUUGUAAUUAUUGUGAUCGAUAUAUAAGAAAUUUUCUUUAUUGGCCAUGUCAAUUUUGUUCAUUAGUUGUUUAUUGUAGUAAACAAUGUUAUGAAAAAGAAUUUGAAUAUCAUCGAUUUGAAUGUGGUCUAACAAGAUAUGCAAGUCAAUUGCCUAUCAUGAUAUUAAUGUUACGUUUUUAUUUUCGUACACAAAGUUCACCAAUUUCUCCAUAUUCAUCCGAAAUGGAUUAUAUUCGAGAAUUUUUACAAUCAAUAAUUGAACGAAAAAAUUAUGAAUCCAAAUGUUUAUUAUUGAAUGUUUUUCGUCAAACAAUGGAUAAACAUAGUAAACGUUUAGAAUUUUCACGUAAUAAACGUUAUUAUUAUGCUGGUUUAAUAAUGGCUAUUGAAUUUACCUAUUUGUAUGAUGUUUUUAUGCAAAAUGGUAUUCAAUGUAAAUAUAAACGAUUAAAUAAUCCAAAAUUGAUGAUGAAAUGGGAAACAUUUCAAUGGUUAACAGAUAUUGAUAAAUCAAUAUCAACACCGAAUGAUUUGAUUGUUAGAAUUUUUAUCGAUCUAAAACGUUUUAUGACAUCACCAUUUACUAAAUUUGAAAUGGAACCAGUAGAUUUUCGUGAAAAUUUUCGUAAAGAACGUCGUCUAUUAUUGUUGACCGGAAUAUUCUUUCCACAACAACAUAUUUGUUUGACUAAUUUGGAACCAAUUUUAAAUGAUGAAAAUGGUAUGGUUGAAAUUCGUACAAAUCGUUCGAUCAAAAAAGAUCAAGAACUUUUGCUUCAUAAAGAAAUGAGAAUCAUUAACAACACAACAACCAUUGAUACUAAUUGAUUUCUCUUUGUUUUUAUUGUUUUUAUUGUUGUUGUUGACAACAGUUUUUUUUUCAAUUAAUUUUGUCAUCUUUUUUUUAAAGCAACAAAGAAAAACCGAA